AUGAAUUCAUCUUCCUCAUCUUCAAUGCUAUCAGCACCAGCAGACCAUAAACAUCAGUCAAACGAGGAAUGGAAACAACAGCAACAGCACAAGUGUGAAUUAAUAUUAACCAAGGAUAAUAAGACCAUUGUGCAACCGUUUAUUUCUUGUCUCUAUAGUCCAGUCAAUGAACUAACACGUUUUCCUUAUCAAUUACUUCGACCAUUAGUCGAUGGUGCUUGUCGAGCGACAAUAUUUCUUAAUGGUGCUGAUUUUAUUCGUCAAUUUAAUACAUAUACAAAAUCUAAAUCUCGUUUUCGUUCAACAACAUUAUUCGCUACAUUUAAGAUUUUAAAUUUGUAUUCAGUAUCACCUCAUAUCAUUAUUCUCAACACAUUAGGUCGUUUUCUAACGAAACGUCUAACUCAUAAUCGUCUUCCUACCUAUCUAUCGAUUAUAGCAAUUCAAGAUUUGACUCAAUUAUUUUUAACAAAUAAUAAUUUUUAUUACGAUGGAAAAAUUUAUCGAUUUGGAAAAGGUAGUCCAGAUUCUUUACGAUUUAGUGAAACAUUAGGAAAUAUAUUUUUAUUGGAAUGGCAAUUAUAUCUUUUGAAUAAACCAAUAAUGAAAAAUGAAUUUUAUGGAAGAGAAACCGGAUUUUUUACUUAUAAUGAUACAAAAAAUGAUCUUGGUCAGCUUUUACUUGAUCUUAAUCAGUACCAGUCAGAUAUUCAUAUUGAAAGUUUUCUCGGUAUAAAUCUAAAUUUUUUAAAUAUUCAUCUUGAAAAUCAAGAGGGUCAUUUGUCUACAUCUAUGUAUCAUGAUCCAAAUAUUCAAGCUUAUGUUUUACCGUAUGUUGUUAGUCAUGCACAAUUAAUCUAUAAUUAUUAUUUUCGAUCGGCACUUAUUCGAGCUGCUCAUUAUUGUUCUAAUAUAUAUGACUUUGAUCAAGAACGUCUAUAUAUUGAAAUGACAUUUCUUGGAAAUGAUUUUCCAUUACAUAUUAUUGAACAUUAUCUUCAAAAGUUUUCCCUUGAAUUUAAUAUUGCAUCUUCACAAAAAAUGCUUGAUCAAACUGUCUACUUUUUUAUUGCAAUUUUUUGUAAAGAUGCAAUAUUAAAUUCAAGGGAAAACUUUUAUUAUACAGGACUUUUUGAUUUUCGAAAAGUCCAUAUAUAA